AUGCCCCCGGCCAAUUCACCCAAUGAUGCCCCCUCCCGAUCGCCCUUGGCUGCGAUACCCUCUCUUCCAUCUAUCCCCACCGCUGUGUCGGAUGAUGCCCAUAAUGAUAACGUGAAUUUCUUGCGAUCCCGCGUACGCUCUCCGCCUGACCCUUCGUCCUCCUUGCUCAGUCGCCAGCGACGCCGCCGACAACAUAUUCUAUCACAGUUGAAUAUCGAUCCGAUGGGCCUUAAUGAGAACAUGGCGGUAGAAAUCAACCGUCGAAUGCCGAUCCUGCGUCGCCAGUUCCCCGAUCCUGACGAUGAGAGUUACGGCACUAUCAACAACAGCAAUCUACCCAACUACGAAGGCCGAGUUUCGAAUCCCCGUGGGCUGUACGGCUGGGCUCCCGCUUCCGACGACGAAGGCGACGAUAUCCCUUAUCCCCCAAUACACAAUAAUGCGCUAUCAUCAUGGCUUGGCCGACUUUCUGAACGCAGUAACUCCAGACGUUCUGCGCGCCGCGAUGGUGCGCCCAGGAACCCCCAGGCGAAUUCCAACGACGUGGCUGAGGGUAAUCAUCGAUCGAACGAUACCUCCGGAUCAACCACGGAAUCUUUACUACAGUCAAUACAACGUCAACCAAGGUUUUCCCGGACGAGGACUCUACAUGAUUACCUUCUGGAUCGUGCAGAAGAACCUCGCGAACGAGCUGGCGUCGAAUCCUCGCCUCGGGCUUAUAGGUUCCUUCCCAGCGGUCGCACCGAACCGCAUCGAGUCUUAACACAUAAUGACCUUCGCGCGCGGGUCAGCGCUCACCGACAAAUGCACUUGGAUAAUCCUCCUAGCCCUCGACUGAAAGAGACGAUACGCUAUCUCGAUAGAUUACGCUACUCUAGUUCAUUCGAGGAAAGCUUGUCAUCUGCAGCUGCCGGGGGGUUCGUUCAAUUAGAUCUUCUUUCGUGGGACGAAGACGACUUCAUCCUCGACACUUCUUCAAUAUGUCCGCCGCCAGUAUGCUCAUGGCUUCGCCCAGGUAUGACAUUUUCAGGGUUCCAAAGAGCUGCCAGCAGUACUGGCCUUGUCCUUCCUCAGCAAGGUCCCAGCUCGUCCUCCAAUGAUCCAAUGAUCGUUAAUGGCAGUGAUCCAAACCGCGUCAGCGUACAAACAUCAAGUGGAAGACGAUAUUUUGCCGGCCAAGUCUACAACUUGGGCAGCGGCAAGGACGAGAACUGGCCGGUCAAAGUGACCAUUCACGAUAUCAACGUCCACGAAAUGACGCUGUCAGGGACCAUGGAGGCGUACAAUAUCCCCGAUAAGGCCUCGCCGUCUCAUGAUGCGCAUAUUGUGACGUUCCUGGAGGGUGAAAUCAUCGACUUCAAUUCACAUACACUGGAGACGAAGAAUUUCAAAGCAGACGCCGAGAUUGACUGCACCUACUGGCGGAAACUGCUGCCAUUCAAAAACUUAACGGAUGAAGAAAUUAUACGGAAUCUCGUGAGCCGUAAAUGGAUCACAGAGCAGCUGUCCAAGGGGUGGAUCCUGAUGAGAUGGAAGGAACGAUGUUUCAUAACUCCUACAGAUGCGCGCCAGGGACUCACGAUAUCAGGAUUCUAUUACAUUUCCUUGCACCGCGAGAGCGGCAACAUCGAAGGGUUAUAUUAUGAUCCUGGUAGCUCACCAUACCAACAGCUUUCAUUGAAACCGGAAGCAACGAAAAUGACUCGACCCUCAUACAGCUUCCGUUGA